AUGUUGGGUUCCUUUGUGCUUGUAUCCGUGGGGCUUGAAACAGGGUUCAUUUUAUGGCUACGUCCGCUUUAUAGGCGCGGCAUCGAGUGGCCCAUGCUCGUUAUUGGAAUCAUUGCAUCUGUACUUCUCGCAUUGGGGUUGGUACCUCCGUACUUUGAGUUGGCCAAGCGUAAGGGCCGCGUGGUGGGAAUAAACUUCUUCUUUUUGGCUAUGGACUCAUUCGGUGCGCUCUUUUCCUUAAUCAGUGUUGUUGUAGGAGAAAUGGACAUCAUGUCGAUGGUUUUAUACGCAAUUGUGAUUGCUAUGGAAAUCGGCAUAUUUCUCAGUCAAGUUGGGUGGUAUCUCACAGGGGGACGAAGAAUACUAAGAGAAGAGAAGCUUCAGCGCAAACAGUGCAUCCAGAAAGAGGUUUCUGUGGGCUCAGAAACGUCAGAGCGUUCUCAGGCUUCAGACUAUAAUGAAGAUGAUGAAAAACCCCAGGAGGGUACCGCCGGAGACCUUGAAGCGCUCGGUAAAAAUUUAUAG